UCGCGAGGCGUCUAGAUACGAGGAACCAGUACAGUAGGCGCAGCCGGACCGUGGAGCGCAGUCAGCUAGCGAGUUUUACUAGGACGCUUUAUGACAGAGGAAGUUGAAACACGCGACUAUUUCUAUAAAACUGUUUCCAAUGCGUUUGGACUGAGAGAACACGCGGCGGACAGGUGGAGUUGUUGGCUUCAACCGGCGAAGGGACACUCCGCUCUGCACCAUGUUGAGGAAGUUUCAGCGGCACAGAGACAAGGAGUUCAAGCAUAUAGCCCCUGGUUUGAUCCCUGCUGCCUCCAUUGCUCCAAAGCCUGCGGUGCCUCGUACCCCACCCCCCCGCAGGCCAGACCCCUCACACGAGAGACCCAGAUCGGCCUUAGCAGCAGCCAUCUUGUCUUCUUCGCUCACUGGACAGACAUGGGCCCUCCCUCCUGCCAGACCAAGGUCUUACUCGGAGAGUGAACAAUCAGAGUCCUUCAUAUCUGAAGCGAACAUCAGCGAAGCACUUGACACCAGAGACAGAUGGUCAGACGAUUUGGCUGGCCGGCCACACUUGCCCUCCCCUGACCACUCGGACAAGGAGCUGAAAGAAAGGGGAGAGGAGGUUCAGGAUGAAGAGGACCGGGAGGUGGAGGAUGAAGAGGACGGGGAUGACCAUAUCUACCAAACACUGGACAGAGGGGAGCCUUGUCCAGUCACAGAGCCUGUUUAUGCUCUGCCGCUAAAACCUAAGACCAGAAUGCCCCAGCCAACUCAGAUGUCUGGCAGAGGACUGGCUGCUUCAGAGGAAACCAGUGUCCAGUCUCCCGAGGCCAGCUGCGAUUCCUCUGAGAAGAAAGUCAGGAAGAGCUCCUGCAGGAAGAAAGAAUACGCACCAACUGUGCUACCCAUUCCAACCAAAGACCCCCUCAGCCAAGCCAGAGUCCAAGAGUCCCCCACCCACCCGUCUCCAGAGCCCAGCAAGGCACACAGUGAGGAGCAGAGUGAGGCAGACGGGGCCCUGGCAAAGAAAGCACAAGAGGCAGAUGUACAGAGGCUGCUGGAGGAGAGACUGCACCGUCUGGAGAUCAGUCACAGCCAAGCCUCGUCCACGCCGGGGACAUCUGCAGGCAGCCAGGCCGAGCUGCAGGGUCUGAGGCGACACGCUCAGGAGCUGGUGGAUGAAAACGACGCCCUCAAACUGACAGUUCACCGUCUGAACGUGGAGCUGAGCCACUACCAAACGCACUUCAGACCACUGUCCAAACAGGAGAGCUCCAAAAUCAGUGGCUUACCAAAGAUAGGAUCUCCUCCUCCCUGGCUGCUUGACAUGAAGUAUUUGUCUCCUCUGCUGCUGGCCUACGAGGACAGGAUGAAGGAGAAAGACGCACUCCUGCAAACCACAGAGGAAGACGUGAAGAGGUUGCGUGUCCAUGUCGAGGAGGUGAUCCAUGAGAACGAGAGACUUCAUAAUGAAAUUGCGAAGCUCGGAGGGGUCGGCCAGAAGGACUGUCAUCAAAUACAAAAACAAGCCUUUUUGGUUUUGCAAGAAAACCAGGUUUUGAUUGAUCAGCUCGAGGCUCAGCACGUCAAGGCCAAGGCCAAUCACAGCAGACACCACUCAGAAGUGUCCAAGGUUUCUAAGCAACUGAUGUUGUUAGAGGCAGAGAAUCAGCGUCUGCAGGAGGACCUGGAAGAGAGCAGGAGGGAGGCGCAGAAAAAUACGAGGCAGAUCCAAGACCUUCAGGCUCGCCUGAAGAAUGCCAUAACCUGGGAUGAACACUGCAACAUUGCUGGGAAACUCAGAGGGCAGCUGGAGCAGCAGGAGAACGGGAACAAGAGGGCGACGGACGAGCUGCUGCUUCGGGUGUCCAGUCUGCAGGAAGGGAACAGGAGACUGGCUCAGGACAAGGCCAACGUGACCGCUGACGUGAAAAGACUGGAGGCUGAGCUCCAGCUCAGCCGACAAGCCAACAGGAAGGCUGAGCGGAGGAUGAGUUUUUUGGAGCGGCAGAAGGACGAGUGUGUGUUGGAGGAGGGAAAGACCCGGCAUUACCUGGGAGCUGUCAUUUCUCUGGCACAGCACAUUUCCCAGGAGCGAGACCAACUAUUAUACACGGCUUCAGGUCUUCAGCAGGAAAAGCAUGGCUUCGUCAACAGGAUCCUGAAUGGCACGGUUCGAUUUGGAAAACUACAGGAAGACGUCAAAGUGUACCGGAGGCAGGCGUCAACCAGACUGGCAGCGUUGGAGGAGGCAGCGGAGGGGAGGACGGCGUCUUACCAGAGGCAGAUCCUUCACCUGCAGAGGCUGCUAAGGGAACGACAGGAGGCUGAGGAGAGACUGCUGCAGUCCAAAAGGGAGGUAGAGGAGGAGUUGGAGGUGGUGUGGCAGGCAGCAGCCAAGGAGAACCAGCAGAUGAAGGAGUCUCUUUUGGACUCGAGACUCACUGCGGACCUCCACGGUUUGCCCAUUUCUGGCAGCGCCUCCCCUUGCUGGCCUUCUCAGGCUCCGGGUGGGACCACCCCGCCCCCCCAGCAUCAACCUCACAGCUCUGGGCCUCCCCUCCUCUUCACCUCUGAUCGAAGCCCCGAUCUCCAGAGAAGGUCCGUAUUUAAAUCUGACUCAGACCACGCAAGCAACUCCUUGGAUGAAAAGCAUAAGCAUGGGCUGGACUUUUAUUGCUAAAAGAGCCAUAACUCUGUAGGCGUGCCUGUUCAUUCAAAUAGGGAAAGACAGCAGGGCUUCUAUUGUAGACGAGUUUCAUUCACCAUGGUGACCCGCACAGAUACAACAUGACUGUAGCCAGCCUGAGUUUAUUACACAGAUGAAACUAAUGUAAACUUGCACCGUGUCCUGUAAAUUCACAUCUUUGUUUCUGAUCUCUCUAUGGUGGAAACAAAACGUGGAGGCAGGAGGACACUUCAAGGUGAAACUUGAUUUCGACGAAGGAUUGUGGUAAAACAAAUGAAACCAGCAUUGAUGAAAUAACAAAACAUAAAAAUCUCUUGAUAUUACUGCUCACGUAUAACAGUUUGGCCAAAUAUACCUGACGUGAGUCUGGGUAAUCUGAGACACUGAGAUUUCUAAAGAUGUUUUUAUGGGGUUUUUUUAUGUUUGUCUUUUUCAAUUGGUCUCAGGGUUUUAGAGAAUACUGUAUGCCAAUCAUAAUAGAUUAGCAACAAGUAAUAAUAUUUAUCUGAAGCCAAAGAACAUAGCCAAUGUUUCCAUCUGCUGGACACAUACAGUUAUGGUAUUAAUAUUGGCACAGUGGCAAUAUUGCAUUAUACAGAAGCAGCAGACCUGGUGUGUUCGGUAUAUGUCUGCGUGUGUGCAUAUGUGUGUGUGUGCACUAAUAACCAUAGAAUAAAAUAGUGUAAGUGUUAAGGUACAAUAAGUGUUUAUAUACGUGGAAAUUUACAUUCAUUUAUACGUACAAACUUCAUAUGAUUAUUAUUAUGAAAACCAUUGUUGACAAUCGGUUUAUAGUCAGUGGCAUUGGUGUAGUUAUCUGUGUUAAUAUUGAAAAGGACUUUUCUCAUUUGUUUUCUGUUCUGUGUAAUGAUUACAGUUUUCUUCUCUCCUUCUACAACAUAAAGUAGGAGUGGGGUUCAUUGUGCAGAGAUAAGAAGAAAAUAAUGACACAUGACAUAACGCAGGUUUUUUUUCUCCUGUGAGUAAGAGUGUUGAACGUCACUCCUCUGAUGCAGCCACAGACCUGCUGGAUUAGGGCUGAAGCCACAAGGCAGAGUAGUGUCUGAAUAGAAUUGCACCUCAAAUCCCCAGUGACGAACAUAGGCCAGUGUGACGGCAGCGCAGCCACUCAGACGUGUGUGAGUGUGUGAUUGCUGUCAUGGGAUGAUGGGCACUUUCAACACUAGAUGUAAUGUUAGAACGUACCAGCGGCCAAAAUGUCAGCCAGCCAAGUUACGGCGCUGUGUCAUCAGCAGGAAACAUGUGCUUUCAAAAAGUAAUGUCAUCCUGACUACUUUUUGUCUGCACCCCCCAAACAUACAGUACAUUUAAAAAUUGUUGAUCUUCUUCACGUCCUGUUGUUGACUUCUAGUGCAAUGUGCAGCCAUGUUCUAAGGAAGCAGCACGAUAAAUCCACUCUAAAAUGUUUCAAGGUCACAGUCUUUUACACUUUAAUGCAGGGUAGUUUCACUGUGAGCAAUAUUUCUCUUUGCACGCGCACAGUCACACACAUUAAUCCCAGAAUCUCCUUGCACAUGAAGCGUUAUCUGCAGAUGCAUUUGUCCAAAGACUUAUUAAGAAACUAGCCCGAAAAGAAACCUGCACACUCCCGGUCACAUGUACUAACUUUAUCAAAGAGGUUUCAGUUUUUUCCCCUUCAUAAGAUAAAAAAAAAAGAAAGAAUGAAUUUUGCGUUAUAAAUAUCAAAUGUUUAGAUCUGAAGAUCUUCCUCCACUCUCUUUAAAAUUAAAAUUGUUUUAAUCGUGAACCAAACUUUUGUAAUGACAGAUCAACUUGUGUGAGACGCACUCAUUUCCAAUAAAAUGCAGAAUGUUUUUCAAA